AUGGUUUCAAGUGGGAAGAGUGUGACGGUGGAAGCGCUCCAGGUUCUGAACCCUAAGACGAGGUGUGGGCCAAGGAAUUGGCCUAGGUUUGACAGUGGUAUCAGAGCCAGGUUCGAUUCUGGGAAAGAGAAGCUGCAGGCAUGGCUGCUGAUAAUGGUCAUAAGAAUAGAGGCCAUUCUUGGUUAUCAAGAAUUGUGGGAGGUUGUCACGGAGGGUGCUAAGGAGAAAGACAAAGCCGCAAAUAAGAAGAAAGAUUGCAAGGCUCGAUGUCUCUUGCAUCAAUGCGUAGAUCCAGUGAAUUUUGAAAAGAUUUCCAAGGCCAAGACAGCAAAAGAAUGUUGGGAAAUCCCGCAGAGGGCUCAUGGUGGUGCUGAAAAAAUCAAGAAAAUUAAGAGCUGUGGGGAGGCUUUCACAGAUAUCAGUGUGGUGGAAAAGGUUCUACGCACUCUGAGUGAUAAAUUUGAUAACGUGGUUACAACCAUUGAAGAGUGUGGUAGAGAUAUGAAGACUUUGUCAAUAAAGGAGCUGCAGGCCACAUUAGAAGCACAUGAGAUGAAGCAUUCAGUAAGAAGUUCAGAGAAAAAGGGUGAAGAACAGGCUUUAAAAGCCCAGAUAAGCAAGAAUAGAGGUUCUGGCAGGGGCAAAUGGAAGAGUAAUAGAGGUGGUGGCAGAUUUGGUAGAGGUGCUCAUUCCUCAGUCCAAGAAUUAGGUUCUAGUGAGCAAUCAGAACAAAAAGUGCAGGAUGGACGUGGAUCCUGGAAUAAUAGAGGAAGAGGAGGAAGAAAGAAUGUUGACAUGAAGAAAAUUCAGUGUUAUAAUUGUGAAAAAUGGGGCCAUUAUGCAGCAGAUUGCUGGCGUGGAAAAGAGAAGCAAAAAAAGGUCUCAGAUGAUGCUGAAGCGCAUGUGGCUCAAGAUGAUUCAGAAGAGGAACCUAUGGUGCUAAUGGUGACAACCAGUGAGGAGUAG